AUCGAAAGUUAAUCAAUAUUUGACAGUUCAACAGCGGUGAGGAAUAAAAGUAAACGCACGAUUUUUAAAAAUGAUCUGAAAUUGUAAUAUUUUAUAUUUGAAUAUAUAUAUAUAUAUUCUUCAGUCGAUUGCCGAACUGUGAAUCAUCGAAAGCUCUGAAAUCGAUUAGUCUAGCCUGGCCUCCAUUUUUCUGCGCGCGACCCUUUCAAUGGACGCUGUGGAGUUGUUCAAGAGGCUCGGAUCCGGCGCAAAGUUUGAUUUUAAAAGAUUUAGCAGAGAUGCAGAAAGGUUUAAGGUGGUGAGGUCUCGGCACCACGAGAUCUCCAACCCUUUGAAUGAAAUCAGCUUCUUUGGCAAAACCAGAGAAGAACCCGCUGAACAUCAUGAAGAUGAAGAGUACAAGUCAGAGGAAGAUCAUCCAACCGUUACGGAUGAACCUCUGAGCAAGCCGAAGAAGAAAAGGAUUAAAAGAAAAAUUCAGGGUUCAGAAGAUGAGAGCGAUGAUGAUGAUGAUUUGGAGCAGACGGGGAUUCGGUGGAUGUCUUCACAAGACAAGAAGGAGAAAGGACAGAAGAAAAAGACCACAGAAGGACCAUCAAUAAAGAGAUUAAAGCAGCUUCACAAAGAGAAGCUCAAUCAGAUCCGGCAUCAGAACAGGAUUAACGUGCACGGCACCGACGUCCCAGACCCUCUCAGCACGUUCGAGGAGCUUCAGCAGGAAUAUGAGCUAGAUUCUCGGAUAAUUCAGAACAUCAGAGCAGCUGGAUUUCAGACCCCCACGCCCAUUCAGAUGCAGGCCAUCCCUCUGAUGAUGCAUAGACGAGAAAUCCUGGCGUGUGCCCCCACAGGCUCGGGUAAAACCAUCGCCUUCUGCCUGCCUGUGCUGGCGCAUCUCCGUCAGCCGCUCAACAAGGGUUUCAGAGCGCUCAUCGUAGCGCCCACGAGAGAGCUGGCCAGCCAGACGCACAGAGAGCUGCUGAAGCUGUCUGAAGGAGUGGGCUUCAGGGUUCACAUGAUUAACAAAGGAGUGGCUGCAGCCAAAAAAUACGGUCCCAAGUCAGCCAAGAAGUUUGAUAUAUUAGUCACGACGCCAAAUAGGCUCAUCUACCUGCUCAAGCAGGACCCUCCAGCUGUUGAUCUCAGCAGUGUGGAGUGGCUGGUAGUGGACGAGUCCGAUAAGCUGUUCGAGGAUGGGAAGACUGGCUUCAGGGAGCAGCUGGCCACCAUCUUCCUGGCCUGCACGUCUCCCAGAGUUUGCCGCGCUCUGUUCAGCGCAACGUUCACCACGGAGGUCGAGCAGUGGUGCAAACUCAAUCUGGACAACCUUGUCUCUGUUAACAUCGGACCCAGGAACUCUGCAGCAGAGACGGUAGAGCAGGAGCUUCUGUUUGUAGGUGCAGAAAACGGCAAGCUGCUCGCUAUGAGGGACCUGAUAAAGAAGGGCUUUAUGCCUCCCAUGCUGGUGUUUGUGCAGUCUAUAGAGCGAGCCCGAGAGCUCUUCCAUGAGCUGGUGUAUGAGGGGAUCAAUGUGGAUGUGAUUCAUGCUGAGCGUACGCAGCAACAGAGAGAUAAUGUGGUGAGCAGCUUCCGUGCUGGGAAGAUCUGGGUGCUCAUCUGCACUGCGCUCAUGGCUCGAGGGAUUGACUUCAAAGGCGUCAGUCUGGUGAUAAACUACGACUUUCCUACCAGUGCUGUGGAGUAUAUUCAUCGCAUAGGCCGCACAGGAAGAGCGGGUCAUAAAGGGAAAGCCGUUACGUUUUUCACAGAGGCUGACAAACCGCUCCUACGCAACAUUUCCACAGUAAUAAAACAAGCUGGAUGUCCUGUGCCUGAUUACAUGAUUGGAUUCAAGAAACUAAAAAGCAAAGUGAAGCGGCAACUGGAGAAGAAACCACCAAGCAGGUCAACAAUUCGCACGACGCCUCAAUUUUUCAUGAAAAAGAAAUCCAACAAAGUGAAAAGGAAGAAGAAAAAAAUCGAGUCAAAAGCAAAUGGAGGUGAACCAGAUGACUGUAAAAAUAGAUGAGUUUGGUAAAUAAAAAUUGUAAAAAGAAAUUGUCUAAUAAAACUUAAAUGUA